AUGGAGAAAACUUAAAAGUCUACCUAAUAAAAAAUCAAGGUUGAGCAUCCCUAUGGAUUUCCAUUUAAGCCCUAUCAAGUAUAACUUGAUUUAAUGGAUAAAAUAUUUGAGACUCUAUCUAAAAAUUAGAAAAUAGGUUUAUUUGAAUCACCUACCGGGACUGGUAAAUCACUAAGUCUCGUUUGCAGCAUUUUGACUUGGUACACGGGAAAAUAAAAGACUGAAGAGCAAAAGUCCUAAACAAAUUCAGAUUGGCUGAGUAUGUUUGACACAACUGAUACUAAUCAAGCCAUGAAUCAUAACAAGUAAAUAUUUAAAAAGCGAGUCUACUCAUCUUUGAACUCAAAUGACAUUAGAGAAAUUUAAAGCAAUCUUAAAUAAAGUAAGUCUAAAUGUACAAACAUUCAAUAUUUGCUAGAGAGACAGCAAAUGAAUUUAUAGACAAAUAGAGAUGAGCAUAUUAUCUCAUAUGAUAGUGAUUAAGAGGAUAAGAAAGUCAAACUCAAAAACAUUACCUAAAAAGCUAAGUCAUUAAGCUCUGGAGUUGGGAGUGGAAAUUUCAGUAUCCUUAAAUAAUCCGCGAAAGAUCGCUAGAUCAUAUUUUGCACAAGAACUCAUUCUCAAAUAUCACAGAUAAUUAAUGAAAUUAAGCGAACUGAAUUUGCUGAUUAGAUAAGCGUGGUGCCUAUAAUUUCAAGGAGGGGCUUGUGUGUUCAUGAAAAACUCAAAGACAUAACUAAUAGUGCACUGUUAAAUGAGAAGUGUCAGGAUUUGACCGAGAAAUCCAACUGUGAAUAUAAUGAUUAAAAACUAACCGACAUUAUUUCAGAUUCGAUUGUGGAUAAAGUUCAUGAUAUUGAGGAAAUUGGAAAUCUAGCUAGCUCCUUGAAGAUAUGUGGUUACUUUGGCUCGAGAAAAGCCAUGGCUGAAGCUGAUGUUAUUAUAAGAUACUGGUUUUCGAUGAAGCUCAUAACAUAAUGGAGACUAUUUGCUCACUAAAUACAGUCUAAGUAUCUUAUUGUUCAUUAGAAGUUGCUAGCCAUCAAAUCAAAGAAUAUCUAAGUAAUAUACUCAAAUUAUGAUAACCUUUUAGCUAAGUAUGGUUCUAGACUAUCUCCUAAAAAUCAUAAGUAUCUCAAAGACAUUGUGAAAGUAGUGGUGAUUCUGAAUAAUUUUUUGUAGAAAAAAUUAAAUAACCCUAAUGAAAUUGAAUAAGAUAAGUAAGAGGUAAUGAAUGUAAUGGAUCUAUUGAUAGAAACAGAUCUUUAUCAAGUUGAUUUCGUCAAACUUUACGAAUUCUUUGAAAAGUCAGAUUUAGUGAGGAAACUUAAUGGAUUUAUCCAAUCAAGUAUAAAACUAGAUUAAGAAAAGGGUUAGUCUAAGCAGAAUAUAUAAACCUUUAAUAAGAGUGUGCUAUAUGAGAUAAGGGACUUUAUAAGAAUACUUUCACAUAAUCCUAAUGAUGGUAAAAUGAUAUUAAAUCUAAGUUUUAAGUAAAAUUAGCAGUCAUCAAUCUAAUAUCUAUGUUUAAAUCCAACCACUACACUGAAAAGAAUACUAGAUUAAAUAAAGGCUAUGAUAUUUAUAAGCGGCACCCUUGAACCUUCUUAAGAAUUCAACUUGCUAUUAAAGUAUGUCGAUUAAGAUUAGAUUUCAAGAUUUAACUGUGAUCAUAUUAUUCCGAAAUAGCAUUUUCAAGGAUUAAUAAUUCCAAACUAUAAAAAUAUUGCUUUUGACUUUCGUCAUUCUCAGAGAUCGAAUCAAUAGCAAAUGACAAAUUUGUGUGAAAUCAUUCUUUUAUCAUCUUAGAACACUCCUAAGUAGGCUGGAGUCAUAGUGUUUCUACAAUCUUACGGAUAUAAAUAGCAGUUUUUAAACUAUUUAAAACAAAAGGAUGAUAUAAUGACUUAAUUAUAAGAGGAAAGAAAGAUAUUUGAGGAGAGUCAGGAUUAGAAAAUAGAUGUCUUUUAAGAAUACUCUAGAGAAAUCACGAAAAAUAAGAGAGGAGCAAUACUGUUUUGUGUUAUUGGGGGGAAAUUAUCUGAGGGUAUAAACUUUUCAGAUGACUUAGCAAGAACAGUGAUUGUAGUAGGUUUGCCUUAUGCGAAUUCCCAAUCCAUAGAUAUAAAAGAGAAAAUGCGAUAUUUCGAUCUUCAAGGAGAUUAAAGCUUCAAAGGCAAUGAUUACUAUGAAAAUCUAUGCAUGAAAACGCUAAACUAGUCAAUAGGAAGAGCAAUUAGACAUAUAAAUGACUAUGCUUGUAUAAUACUUGUUGAUUAGAGAUUUUAAAAUAGGAAUAUUAUGAAUAAAUUACCAAGAUGGAUUUAGAGUAGAAUUAAAGAAAUAAAGCAGAGUGAGUAAGAUUUGCUUCAAGAUUUAUAAUAAUUCUUCAAAUAUUUUGAAGAGUGA